AUGUCCAAUUCCAAUAGCUCCAGCUUGACUCCCACAUUUUUCAUUCUGAAUGGAGUUCCUGGGUUGGAAGCAUCUCACAUAUGGAUCUCCCUCCCAUUCUGCUCCAUGUACCUCACUGCUCUUUUGGGGAAUAUUGGUCUCCUUUAUUUAAUUCAUCAUGAGGAAUCCUUGCACCGGCCUAUGUACUACUUCUUGGCUCUACUCUCCUUCACCGACGUUGCCCUCUGUACCACAACUGUACCCAAUAUGCUCUGUAUCUUCUGGUUCAACCUCAAGGAGAUCACCUUUAAUGCUUGCCUGGUCCAGAUGUUCUUUGUUCAUGUGUUGACUGGGAUGGAAUCUGGUGUGCUCAUGCUCAUGGCCCUGGACCGCUACGUGGCCAUCUGCUAUCCCUUACGCUACACUACCAUCCUCACCAAUUCUGUCAUUGCCAAGGCUGGGUUCAUCACCUUCUUGCGGGGUGUGAUGCUCAUCAUCCCAUUCACAUUCCUCUCCAAGAGGCUGCCCUACUGCCAAGGAAACAUCAUCCCUCACACUUAUUGUGACCACAUGUCUGUAGCUAAAGUGUCCUGUGGAAAUGUCAAAGUCAAUGCUAUCUACGGUCUGAUGGUUGCUCUACUAAUAGGUGUGUUUGAUAUCUGCUGCAUCUCAGUGUCUUAUACCAUGAUUCUCCAGGCUGUGGUGAGCCUAUCCUCUGCAGAUGCCCGACACAAAGCCUUUAGCACCUGCACAUCUCACAUUUGUGCUAUAGUUAUCACCUAUGUUCCUGCUUUCUUCACUCUAUUCACCCAUCGUUUUGGGGGACACACUAUUCCCCACCACAUUCAUAUCAUUGUGGCCAAUCUUUACCUGCUCCUGCCUCCCACAAUGAACCCUAUUGUCUAUGGCGUGAAGACCAAGCAAAUAAGAGAAGGAGUCAUCAAAUUACUAUUUGGAGAAAAAGGUUUCUUGGCCUAA